GACAAGCGGUAAAAAAUGGAUGGAUGGAUUUUUUUUUUUAUACUAAAAUAAAACUGCACGUGGCGUGGUGGAACGAUAGUGUUUCCGGUCCAGAUCAUGAAGUGCGGCCUCCGACCACACGAUGGCGACCACCUGCCACCGAAGCGGGGGAAACAUGUGACCUAAAAUUAUGACGGGCAAGACAGGAAAUUCUUUAAAAACGAAGUUUCCGACUUACUCGAGAUGGCUUGCUUCGAUAGUCAAAAAAGGAGCUCGGAAGAGGACAGUUAUGAGGGACCUGUUGGCGGCAGGCUGUCCGGCUGUGCCUUGGCGAUGCAGGAAAAGGAACGAGACUCCGUACACAGCCCGUCGGAGAGCCCUGGCACCUUAAUGAACAGCGGCACCAGUCUCCAGUCCGCCGCCCUUUUGCAAGGCUAUGAUGUGGAGUUUGACCCACCGCUGGAGAGUAAAUACGAGUGUCCCAUCUGCCUCAUGGCUCUCAGGAACGCCAUUCAGACACCCUGUGGCCACCGUUUCUGCAAGAGCUGCAUUGAGAAGUCCAUUCGGGAUACAGGACAGAAGUGCCCGGUGGACAAUGAGAUGUUGUUAGAAGACCAGCUCUUCCCUGAUAACUUUGCCAAAAGGGAGAUUCUUUCCCUCACUGUCCGUUGUCCAAACGCUGGAUGUUCUGACAAAAUGGAGCUCCGACGUUUAGAGAAUCAUUUGGCACAGUGUCCAUUUGCGACCGUACCCUGCCCACAGUGCCAACAGUCUGUGAAAAAAACUUGCUUAGAAGAACACAAAACCAUCGAGUGCCGAAGGAGACCCAUGAGCUGUCCAGACUGCGUUGCAAGCUUUGUAUACGAGGAGAAAGAGCUUCACGAGCAGCAGUGUCCCUUUGCUAACGUUAAGUGCCAGUACUGUGAGCUGGAUCUCAUUCGAGACCAGUUGGACUCUCAUUGUGAUACAGAUUGCCCUAAAGCCCCGAUUGCCUGCACCUUUAGCCCCUUUGGAUGUGAGGAAAGGAUGCAGCGCCACAACCUGGCUCAGCACAUGCAAGAUUUCACCCAGAGGCACAUGCGCUACAUGGCGGAGUUCUUGCGCAGCUAUAGCCUCAACGGCACGGCGCCAAAAUCACUUUGGAGUCACGGAUCUCCGGUUUCUUGUGGGGAUCGAGGGGCCGCCGCGGUGUCCCCAUCAUCCUGUCGGGGAGCUGCGAGCUGCAGCAGCAGUGCACCAUGUCAGCAUAGCGAAGAGAUGCUGAGGAUCCGGGAAAUGGACGGACGUUUAGUGAAACAGGAUCACCAGCUCCGUGAGCUCAUCAUCUUGAAUGAUACUCGGGUGGGGCAGCUUGCAGAGCUCCAGCGAAAGGUGUCUACGCUGGAGGAGACCGUGAAGGAGCUGGGGGCCCAGCAAUGUAACGGAAUCUUCAUCUGGCGCCUCAACGCCUUUUCCACCCACCUGCGCAACCAAGACGCGGGCCUGCCUGUGAUCGAGCACAGCCCGGGCUUCUACACGGGCCGGCCGGGCUACAAACUGUGCCUGCGCCUCCACAUACAAACCCCCAAUGCCCCGCGAUGUUCCAACUACAUCUCCCUCUUUGUCCACACCAUGCAAGGAGCCUUCGACGAACAACUCACCUGGCCCUUCCAGGGCACCAUCCGCCUCGCCAUCCUGGACCAGGGCCCCGACGCGCAGCACCACAUGGAGGUGAUGGAGUCCAAGCCGGACCUUCAAGCCUUCCAGAGGCCUACCAUUCCGCGCAACCCCAAAGGGUUCGGCUACGUGACUUUCUUGCACCUGCAGCAGCUGAAUCAGCGAGCCUUCAUCAAGGACGACACCCUUCUCAUCCGCUGCGAGGUCACCACACGUUUUGACACGUACCACCGCGAGGGACUUCAGGUGCAGCCCAGAGGACCUGAAGGGACCUGAAGCAUCCCGGGAAUGAACGUGAAUGUCAGUCAUGCCAUUGGAAAAAGGUAUUCAAAGAGAAAACAAGACAUUUAAGAAUUUAAAGCAGUGGUUCUCAAACUUUUUUCACCAAGUACCACUUCAAAAAAAUCCAUUUACCACCAUACUGACCAACAGUAAAACACAGUAGUAGGGCUGCCACAACUAAUCGAUUACAUCGAUUAAAAUCGAUUAUAAAAAUAGUUGGCGAUUAAUUUAGUUAUCGAUUCGUUGGAUCUAUGCUAUGCGCAUGCGCAGAGACUACUUUUUUAAAUUUUUUUAUUUUUUAUAAACCUUUAUUUAUAAACUGCAACAUUUACAAACAGCUGAGAAACAAUAAUCAAAAUAAGUAUGGUGCCAGUAUGCUGGGUUUUUUUCAAUAAAAUAUUGUAAAAGAUAGAAAUGUACUUUGUCUCUUUUACCCGAUUAUUAAUCGAUUAAUCGAAGUAAUAAUCGACAGAUUAAUCGAUUAUCAAAUUAGUUGUUUAGUUGCAGCCCUACACAGUAGCACAAUAGGCCUAAGUAUUCAAUAAAAACAAGGCAAAUGUUUUAUUUAACGAGUAUAUCUAAUAUUUUGGACACUGCAAUAUUACACACAGUUUGAACGGUAACACUGUGUUUGAAUAUUUAAUUAAGUGAUUUGAGAUAGGCUCCAGCGCCCCCCGCAACCCCGAAGGGAAUACGCAGUAGAAAAUGGAUGGAUGGAUUUUUUAUUUUUUUGGGCAAACCACGACCACAGUUUGAGAAUCACUGAUAUGGAAGUUCAUUAGUGCCUUUAUUGCGAAAGCUUUUUCUGGACACUGAAUUGUUUAAAUUAUGCUGACAAAAAUAAGAAAAAAUUCAGUUUGUCAAAAUACAGUGUUUUAAAAUUCAGUGUAUAAAAAUUCAGUGCAGAAAUAUUGGUUGCUUGAAAAGUCCGGUAAUUCAGGACUGAAGAAAUCGAUCGAGCCAAUGAGGUGUCAAGUUUGAAGUCACGUGACGUCGUGAAGCAACAAAUAUUUCUGCACUGCAUUAUUUUACACUGAAGUUUAAAACACUGUAUUUUAACACAUUUUUAAUACAAUGAAAUGUUAAGCAUAAUUUGAUGUAAAAAAAAUCAAUACAAAAAAAUCAGUUAGAUGUGUCCAAAUAAGCUUUUGUAAUAAACACACAAAUUAACCUCCAUUAAUAAAGAAUCAUUAGUUUGAAUGCAAAAUGCAACGUCAUAUUUACCUUUUAUUGAAGACUGUUGUUGGCAAAGAUGGCGACAAGCGGAGAGGGAGGAAGAAGAGCCAAGAAGAACGCCACCUUUGUACUUUUCCACGAAACCGUGUUUCUCGCCUUCUUUGUUAAAGUGCUAGUCCUCGCAACUUUCUUUGGUCAAUCAAUCAAUCAAUCAAUGUUUUUUUACAUAGCCCUAAAUCACAAGUGUCUCAAAGGGCUGCAGAAGCCACAACGACAUCCUCGGUACAGAGCCCACAUACAGGCAAGGAAAAACUCACCCCAGUGGGACGUCGAUGUGAAUGACUAUGAGAAACCUUGGAGAGGACCGCAUAUGUGGGUAACCCCCACCCCCUCUAGGGGAGACCGAAAGCAAUGGAUUGAGCAAUUGGUCCUUCGAUUUCACGGGAUGACGCGCAUAUUGUUUGGCCGUACGCUAACUCUGACGGUACACGACAACCGGGGCAAAUAAUUUAAAGAACAUUCAAGAAAACAAAUCAUGCGAUAAUCGGGGUGCACGUAAACUGAGGCAACACUGUACUUACUGUAUAUUAUCAGCUCCUAAAUGCGGUCUGAUUUCAAUUCUGAAAUGUUCUGCAUAUUCGCACAUCUUUCAAUAAGCUUUGCACGUCCAAUUUGUCCUUGACUAUUUUUUAUGACCUUUAAAAGACAGUUUCAAACGUCAUUAAAGCCCUUUAGACAUGAAAUAACAGGCUUAUAGUCACCUUUACACUUUUCUUACCCAAUAUAAUAAUACUAUUAAGACACACACUGUACAGUAAUAUAGACACACAGUUCACCUACUCAGUGGCCUAGUGGUUAGAGUGUCCGCCCUGAGAUCAGUAGGUUGUGACUGUGAGUUCAAACCCCGGCCGAGUCAUACCAUCCAUCCAUCCAUCUUCUUCCGCUUAUCCGAGGUCGGGUCGCGGGGGCAGCAGCUUAAGCAGGGAAGCCCAGACUUCCCUCUCCCCAGCCACUUCGUCCAGCUCCUCCCGGGGGAUCCCGAGGCGUUCCCAGGCCAGCCGGGAGACAUAGUCUAGUCAUAAUCCGAGUCAUACCAAAGACUAUAAAAUGGGACCCAUUACCUCCCUGCUUAGCACUCAGCAUGAAUGGUUGGAAUUGGGAGUUAAAUCACCAAAAAUGAUUCCCAGGCGCGGCACUGCUGCUGCCCACUGCUCCCCUCACCUCCCAGGGGGUGAACAAGGGGAUGGGUCAAAUGCAGAGGACACAUUUCACCACACCUAGUGUGUGUGUGUGAUAAUCAUUGGUACUUUAACUUCUUGAACACAACUACCUUACAUAUUUUUUUUAUGCUAGUAAAUGCUUAACUUGGGCCAAAACUUUGUACAAAACCAGUGAAGUUGGCAUGUGUAAUUCGUAAAUAAAAACAGAAUAAAAUGAUUUGCAAAUCCCUUUCAACUUAUAUUCAAUUGAAAAGACUGCAAAGACAAGAUAUUUAAUGUUUGAACUAAGAAACUUUUUUUUUGUUUUUUUUUGUUGCAAAUAAUCAUUAACUUAGAAUUUAAUGGCAGCAAAAAAGUUGGCACAGGGGCUUUUUUUACCACUGUGUUACAUGGCCUUUCCUUUUGACAACACUUACUUAACGUUUGGGAACUGAGGAAACCAACUUUUGAGGCUUUUCAGGUGAAAUGUGGACUCGUCAGACCACAGAACACUUUUAGACUUUGCAUCAGUCCAUCUUAGAUGAGCUCGAGCUCAGCAAAACCGGCGGCGUUUCUGGGUGUUGUUGAUAAAUGGCUUUCGCUUUGUAAUGUAGAGUUUUAACUUGCACUUACAGAUGUAGCGACCAACUGUAGUUACUGACAGUGGUUUUCUGAAGUGUUCCUGAGCCCAUGUGGUGAUAUCCUUUACACACUGGUGUCGCUUUUUGAUGCAGUACCGCCUGAGGGAUCCAAUGUCACGGGCAUUCAAUGUGACGCGCAGUGAUUUCUCCAGAUUCUCUGAACCUUUUAAUGAUAUUACGGACCAUAGAUGGUGAAAUCCCUAAAUUCCUUGCAAUAGCUCGUUGAGAAAUGUUGUUCUUAAACUGUUGGACAAUUUGCUCAUGCCUUUGUUCACAAAGUGGUGACCCUCGCCCCAUCCUUGUUUGUGAAUGACUGA